AUGCUUCCUGCUCAUAAAUUUCAUGGUAUGACAAUAGUUGUGUCACCCUUGAAAUCACUUAUAGAUGACCAGUUGAAGGUGUGUAUGACUCACAACAUUGGUGCAUCAGCCUUACAUGGCGAUUUGUCUGAAUCGGAAAGGCAAGGAAUUUACAUGUGCCUUAAACAACAAGUUUGUCCAUUUAAAAUUCUCUAUGUACUUCCAGAGAUCAUUGAGAAGGACAAAACAUUCUUCAAUAUUCUGACCAGCCUUUACUCAAGGAACAAACUUAGUCUCUUUGUUGUUGAUGAGGCGCAUUGUGUAAGCUUGUGGGGACACGAGUUCAGAGAUUCGUACGUGAAAUUGUCAGAGCUGAGAAAGAGCUUUCCAAACGUUUCCCUUCUGAUGUUGACUGCUACAGCUAGCAAGGUCACUAGGGAUGAUAUUAUUUCUAUGUUAGGAGCUAGGAACACACAGUUAGUUUUGUCACCAAUGGACAGGGAGAACAUCUUUUAUGAAGUGAGACAAAAGAAU